AUGCAGAGCGGCGCAGCCGUCAGCCCGCUGGCGGCGCCCAAGGGCACCAAGAUGGUGUGUGAGCUGUGCCAGAAGCCGGCACUGCUGCUGUGCACCGGCUGCCGGUGUGCCUACUACUGCUGUGACGACCACCAGAAGACCGCCUGGGCGGCCGUGCACUCCAAGGUGUGCCGGCUGGUCGGAGCGCUGGGCAGCGCGCGCGACUUCUGCACUCUGGAGGAGCGCCGGCUGCGCGACGAGACGGUGCGCCAGCAGAAGGUGCGCAUCAUGCAGAUGUCCCUGGUGUGCGGCACGCGGCACAUCUACAGCGACCGGCCGGGCCUGACGCUGCCGGCCGCCAAACAGGCGCUGGCCAUGGCGGCCGAGGUGUACGGCGCCGCCAGCGUGGAGCUGGUGCGGCCCUUCCUGAUGCUGGCCACCGCGUGCGUCAUGCUGGGCGAGCUGAGCAGCGCAGAGGGCUACCUGUCGCAGGGCGAGUGGACGCUCAUCUACUCCAAGAGCGAGGACCACGCGCUGCGCUCGCAGCUGUUCUGGGGCUGGGGCCGUAUGCUGACGGCGCGCCGCGACUGGCUGCCGGCCAAGUGGUGUUUUGCCGAGACGGUGCACCACAGCUCGGAGGCGUUCGGGCCGCAGGACGUGCGCUGCACACUCGGCUACUUCUGGCUGGCCGAGACGCUGCUGCGGCUGGACAAGCUGGACAUCUGCGCUUCGCUGUUCCGCGAGAUCGUCACCAUCUGGCACCAGUUCUUCUACGCGGGAUCCUGCAGCGAGGAGCCACCGCGCCGGCUGGACGACACGGAGGUGAUCGAGGCGCUGCACGUGCUGACCGCCGUGCGGAAGGCGUUCUCUGCGCCGGACUCGGCCAGUCGGUCCCAGACGGCCUCUUCGCGGAUGGGCCUGCACACCAGCUCCGGAGGACGGCACCAGUGGUGGAGAAACGAGGAGAACGCCGCCUGCGUGGUCCGACUGGACGUGAUCCUCAACCGGCUGAGAAACUACAGCCCCGGCCUCGAGCUACCACAGGUCCUCAUGAGGUGA